GCCAACUGGUUUUUAAUUUUGAUUUUCUUCCAAUCGAGGGGUUGCAGUAAACUUACUCAUCUCACUCGAAGCAAUCCAUUUCCAGACUCCGGCAGUAACUUUAUUUUCUACCUUUCACAGUAGAACGAGUCGUUUAGUUUAGUGUACAUUCUGUGCCGUGCUUCCACAAUUUCCGCUGCAAGCCCAUAACCAGUUACAGUACAGAAGAUGGCGUCCAUUGCAGAAGCUAUGUUCGGCAAAUCCGCGCCUUCCAACGAGAAGAUCAAGAAGUUGGAGCAGUUCCGGGAAAAGACCGAUGAAAAGGGACAGAAAACCAUCCUUACCACCAACCAGGGUGUUCCCAUUUCUGACAACCAGAACUCCCUCCAUGCCGGCCCCCGUGGACCGACCCUCCUGGAGGACUUCAUCAUGCGCGAGAAGAUCACCCACUUCGAUCACGAGCGCAUUCCCGAGCGCGUGGUGCAUGCCCGCGGUGCCGGUGCCCAUGGCUACUUCGAAGUCUUCAAGCCGUUAACCCAUCUGACCAAGGCGAAAUUCCUGCAGGAUCCCAGCGUGCAGACGCCGGUGUUUGUGCGCUUCUCCACCGUGGGCGGCAGCAAGGGCUCCAUGGAUACACCCCGGGAUGUCCGCGGCUUUGCCACCAAAUUCUACACCGAAGAGGGCAAUUUCGAUCUGGUGGGCAACAAUUUCCCCGUCUUCUUCGUGCAGGACGCCAUGAAGUUCCCGGAUUUUGUGCACGCGGUCAAGCCGGAGCCUCACUGGGAAAUUCCCCAAGCUGCUUCCGCCCAUGAUAAUCUGUGGGAUUUUGUCACCCAGCAAACGGAAACUUUGCAUACCAUCAUGUGGCUGAUGUCCGAUCGCGGUAUUCCUCGCUCGUACUCUACCAUGGAAGGAUUUGGUGUGCACACUUUCCGUUUGGUUAACGAGGAAGGCGUUUCCCGUUUUGUCAAAUUCCACUGGAAGCCAGUGUUGGGUGUGCACUCACUGGUAUGGGAUGAGGCCACCAAAAUCACCGGUGCCGAUCCGGAUUUCAACCGCCGGGAAUUGUGGGAAAGCAUCGAAGCAGGACACUAUCCUGAAUGGGAAUUGGGCAUCCAGGUUGUUGAAGAAGCUGAUGAGCGCAAAUUCGACUUUGACUUGUUGGAUCCUACAAAGCUUAUUCCAGAAGAGUUGGUCCCAGUGCAACGUGUCGGACGCAUGGUUUUGAAUCGCAAUCCGGAUAAUUUCUUCUGCGAGACUGAGCAGGUUGCUUUCUGCGUCUCUCAUAUUGUGCCGGGAAUUGAUUUCACCAAUGAUUUGCUGAUGCAAGGUCGUCUGUUUUCUUAUCUGGAUACACAAAUCAGCCGUCUGGGUGGUGCGAAUUUCCACGAAAUUCCCAUCAAUCGCCCCAUUUGCCCAUUUAAACACAACAACCAGCGCGAUGGAAUGCACCGUCAGACCAUUCAUGUUGGAAAAACUAAUUACGAUAAAAACGGAUUGAAUAAAGGAUUGCCGCGAGAAGGUGGACCAGGUGUUGGCUUCUCAAGCUACGCCCAGCGUAUGGAUGGCGCGAAGAUUCGUCAGCGUAGCGAAUCUUUCGCUGACCACUUCUCACAGGCUACCAUGUUCUGGAAGAGCAUGUCCCCACCGGAACAGGAUCACAUUGUCGAAGCUUUCUCCUUCGAACUCGCCAAAGUUCGGGAGGAUAUUCGGGAAGGUGUGGUGGCCAUUUUGCAGUGCGUGGACGCCGUGCUGGCGCAGCGCGUGGCUACCAAUUUGGGCAUUACGCAGUUGCCGCCCAAAUACCGCCCGGAUUAUCCCAAAGCGGUGGCUGCAUCACCCGCUCUCAGCCAGCUGAAUCAGCCCACUAGUUUCAAGAGCCGUCAGGUGGCUAUCUUGGCUGCUGAUGGUGUAGAUGGCACGACCGUGCUGGCCAUCAAGGCGGCAGUGGCAGCUGCUGGAGGAGUGGCCAAGGUUAUUGCGCCACAUAUGGGUAACCUGAAUGGAACCAAUGUUAAAGAGGCCAUCAAAGUGGACGCCACGAUUACCGGCUCGCCGUCGGUGCUGUUUGAUGCGGUGUACAUUCCAGGCGGUGCCGGCAGCAUUCAGACGCUGCUGGCUUGCGGAAAGGCUGUGCACUAUGUGACGCAGGCCUUUGUCCACUACAAGCCGAUCGGUGCAUCGGGAGACGCCAUUAACUUCUUGAAUCAGAUUGGCGUCGUCAAAACCGGCCAGGAAGUCCCGGUUGGUGUCAUCAUCGAAAACGGGCAGACAGUCACCGAGCCGGUGGUCGGCCAGUUUAUCCAGGCUGUUGCACAGCAUCGUUUCUACAACCGUAAAGGAACCGAAAAGUUUGCUGUUUAAAAUUCGUAAAAUAUGUUGCCGUUAUUAUGCUUGAAUCAGUUUGAUUAGUGGAUUUCUUUUUUAAGGGGUUAAUUAUGCUGGUUUUGGCCUUUUCGAUUAAUUAAUUGUUUGUUCUUUCUUCGGUGUUGUUGGUUACAUGAUAAAUACCGCUUGUUUUAAUUGCUUGGAUUCUAAUUUUGCGACGUAUCUAAUUGGGAAGAUGUAAAAUUAAAACAUGUUGAACAUUUAA